AGUAAACGUCGACUAAUCGUUGCUGCCUAUACUGUAAAGGCCGCUCACCAAGAACAUAUUACGAACACUAUUUUUACAAUUGAAAACAAUGCGAGUUGUGAAAGUGAUUGUGAUUGCAAUUUACAACCUAAAGCAAUCACUCCAGUUUUGUCACCUAUUUUAACAACGGAGUAAUUAACAGUGGCCUGCAGUGGCCUUAAUUUUGGCUCGAGAGUUAAGUAGUUAACAAAACACCUGUCAUUGGAAUGAGAAUGGACUUUGAAGAGUCUAAAGAUGAAGGUUGCUGCAGCAUCAACUUUCUUAAAUAUGUUCUAUACAUGUUUAACUUUGUUUUCAUGCUGUCAGGUAUAGCCGUGUUCGGCGUGGGCAUCUGGUCGCUGGUCAGCGAGCCGUCCUACGUGCUGCUGCUCUCCACGGCCUCAUUCAGCACGGCCGCCUAUGUGCUGGUGACCUCCGGAGUUCUGGUGCUGGUCACCGGCCUGGUCGGCUGCCUCGGCGCGCUCAGAGAGAGUCUGCCCUGCCUGCUGAUGUACACGUUCGUGCUGCUGCUGAUCUUCCUGCUGGAGGCGAUGGCGGGCGUGCUGGCCUACGUGUACCAGGUGCAGCUGCAGAUGGAGCUGGCGCAUCACCUGAACGCCACCUUCGCCGACAACUACAACAGGAAGCCCGAGUACACGGCCGCCAUCGACGAGAUGCAACAGGACUUCCGGUGCUGCGGUGCCACCUACUACACCAACUGGCUGUACACGGAUUGGGCUGACACCGAGGGUAGGAAGGUGCCCGACAGCUGCUGCAAGUCCGUGAAGCCGCUCUGUGGCCGGCGCGACCACCCCUCCAACAUCAACCCUGGGGGCUGCGUGCACCAUAUGGGCUACGUGAUCCAGGAUCACCUGGUGGUGGUCGGCGCCGUCGGAGUCGGCGUCUCCGUCGUCCAGAUCUUCGGCGUCAUCAUCUCCUGCUGCCUGUUCGUCAAGCUGAAGAACUACGGGCGCGGGUACUGAGCGGCACCGCAACACACGGCAGGCACAGGUGUGGUGACGACGCCGAGCCCAGCGUAGAGCCGCUAGAGAUCGCUAUCUCAGUAGAGUGUCGCUACUUCUCUGCUGCUUUCGUCGGCUAGUGGCUUCUUCAAGAACAGUAUAGUUCUUCCGAGUUAGUGCCUCUUAGUCGCCUCAAGGUGUCCACCGUUAGGUGUCAACAGUAGGUAUUUUAUGUCGAGAGGGUUAUACUGCUGACCAUUUUGUGACUAACAUCCUUUAUGUGGGUCGUGUAAAGGAUAUUCAGACAAUGGUGACUGUAACGCCAGCUGAAGCCACUGCUACUGAAGUGCCAUGACGUGAAAAGAUAUUCGACUGUCAAGUGGUCAGGCUUCAUGGCUCUUGCUAGUGCAUUCCCCGGGUAGGACCAAUUAACAAACCAGAAAAAGAUUAUGCUUAACAGAUCUGUCUUCUUCGAAGUUUGACGUGUUUUAUUGUUUCAGACGUGUUUUAAGAUGUUCAUUGUAGGAAAAUUAUCAGGCCAUCUCAGUCCAUGAAUCUCCUCAUUUCUUUUUACACUUUCUAACAUGAUCCUAGAUUUAUCUUGUCGAAUCUCCUGGCUUUAUUGGACGCAGUUUUACAUGCGUCGAAGUUCAACCCUGGAUAGUGCCACCCAAGUGCCAACUAUAAAGUAAAGCAGAUAAAGGGUGCCUUCAUUCUCACUUUGUGCUGCCUUUCCGGCGUCACUGUGCCUUUGAACUUCGAUAUGACGAGCUUUUUGGCGAACUAGCUGCUUCUGUAUUGUCCAGUGUGGUCGAUAUCAUUAGAGAAAAUUUUUGUAGUGACAUAUCCUGAACUCUUGCCUCAUUAGUGUGUAACGCGUUUGAGUGCUACUUAUGGUGCCAAAUAUGGAAUAUCACAAGCGCAUAUUCUCGUACAGUGGCAGCAACAACUUAACGCAUUUACCGUUUGUACUUAUAUUCUACCGUGGAUCUUCGAUGUUGUGUUGUGUUAUAUGAAGUGCUUGUAGUUGUGUUAUUCAUAAGUAAUCUGCGCAAAAUGCGUCGUAAGGUGUGUCCGUUUUUAUGUAACUUGCUUCGUUAGCUUGACUAUGGGUGAGCCAUGGUAUUUAUCACCCACGGUUUGAUAAAAGAUCUCUCGGUUUUCGUCGCAACUUAUUUGCACAUUCUCCAUGCCAUCAUAUUUAGAGUAUGAAUAGUGUACAAAUUUUCUAAUUUCGCGAUCAUGAUAAAGUACUUCAAAGCCUUUUUGUGAGCAUGUACUUGCGCAGAUAAGUGUUACGUACUGUGCUUUAGCAUUUUAAGUCAUUUAUAAUUAGAAGCUGUGUGUUUUGAUGUGGUUUUAGCAGCACUUAAUAUUCAUCUAUGUUCGAGAAAUACAUUACCCGUUUCU